GCUUGAGAUAUUUACGUAUUUCAGCAUCAUUUCGCUCGAUUUAUACAAUCCGACAAAUUUCAAAUUCCAUCUAAAACUUCUCAGAGACGCUUCUCACUCAUGACUCCGCCAUUGCUAAAACUCGCGUUCGUCCAGGGACCAAGAAACGGCGAAACUCUAGAGUACAAGCCCGGAUCCACUAUCCGUAUCGGCCGAGUCGUUCGCGGCAACGAAAUCGCCAUUAAAGACGCCGGAAUCUCAACCAAACACCUCCGAAUCGUCUCCGACUCCGAGAACUGGAUAAUCCACGACCUUGGAUCUUCCAACGGCACCGUAUUGAACUCUAAAACUCUAGAAGAAGACACUCCCGUUAAUCUCCGCCACGGAGACUUGAUCAAGCUUGGUGAGUGUACUUCCAUUGUAGUGAACUUUGAGACUGAUGUUCAGGAGCAUAAGCUUCCCCCGAGGCCGAGAAGGAACAACAAGCGCCUUCCUGUUUCGGGUCCGGAUCCGGUAGAGUCGGUUCAGGAGAAACAUGAACCUCCGAAGAGAACUAAGGUUGGUAGGCCCCGGAAGAACAAGAAGGAGGAAGAAGAAGCUGUUUCAGAAGAGAGAAGGAGAAGCUUUAGGGCUCAGGGGUGUAAGAGUUUGGGUUUGGAUUCAAGAAUCAAAUUAGAAGUUGAGGAGACCCCAAAGGAAGUGAAAAUAUCAGCGAUUAAAAGAGGGACAAGGAGCAGGCUGAUCCAGAAUGUUGAGAGUGAGGAUAGUGCUUUAGAGGAGAUGGGGAUACCUUCAAGGGCUACAAGGAGCAGGAGGAAAGAGAUUGGUGGAGAUUCUUAUCUGGAGUUGGAUAUGGUCCUGAGACAAGCCCGUGCAAAUAAGAAGAAGAAAAUGGAGCAGAAGAGCCUUGUUGAAGAGAUUGAAGCUACAAAUGAGGACGAGAAAGGUCGCAGUGAAACAAGUGAUAAAGAAAAUGAGAGGGUAGUAGAGCAGGUGGAGAGUGAGUCAAGGAAUAGGGCAGUAGUAGGAGAAGAGGACCUGAACUGUAGUGUUAGAAAAGAUGGAGAGACAGAGAAUUUACAAGAGGAAAAAGACAGUAAGGGAGAGGAGGGUGGAGUUGAGACAUCAGAUGGUAGAUGUGAUAAUGAAGAAAGGGCUGGGCAGGGAUCCAGGAAUGAAAAGAAGGAUGUAGAGAAGGUAGAUUUAGAGAAAAUGACACUAGGAGAUUGGUUUAAAUACAUGGAGGUGUACCUGCGGAAAAAGAUAGUGGAUGACACAGAGGAGAAGAUAGAGGCCAUGAGAGCCAAAUCUCUGAGAGUUCACCAAUAUAUCGCAGAGCAGAAGCAAGCAAAGGGAAAUGGGGGUGCGAGUUAGUUUGACAUGGUUGGAUCAUUUAGCUUUUGUGAUAAGUGUAGUAUUACUUCUCGACUAUACAUGAGAAUACUAUGCCUCGUUUAGUUAGGUUGCCAAGAUCUAUUUU